CAUAAAUAAACACAUAUAAAAAUGUAUCUAAGAAAGAAAACAAGCAUUUGCAAAAUACGACAGGUGGAUAAUGUUUUUAAAGAGUGCAACAACAAUACCUUGUAUACACGACAGAAGAGUCAUUUUGUUGAGGUUUGUCAAAGGUGUGAGUAGCCCUUUCGUCUACGUGUUGUUUCCUUGCCAUGCAAACUUACUACGUGGCUAGGCCAACGUACUCUUCCUAACUCCUACUCUUUUCAAUCAUAUUUAUUUGUUACAUUUGCCAAAACCACGAAACAACUCAACACUACAUAUUAUUUCUCUCUGUCAUUCUCAUCUUCUCUCAUCUCUAUAUCCAAUUCUCAAGCAAAAGCGAUGAAUUUCAUCAACAAGAUGAUGAAUAUCAUAAUCCCUCCUAUGUCCCUAACCUUGUUGCUCUUAGUUUUGCCUCCAUAUCUCUUCUUUAAGUUCCUUUUAGCCACCCUACGACCCAUCUUCACUGAAGACCUUCGGGGAAAAGUAGUCAUCAUCACUGGAGCCUCCUCAGGCAUUGGCGAGCGAAUGGCGUAUGAUUAUGCUAGUAGAGGAGCUCGUCUAGCACUAGUGGCCAGAAGAGAAGGCCGACUCCAAUCGGUGGCCAGCAUAGCCACCUUCCUAGGCUGCAAAGAUGUCAUCGCAAUAAAAGCCGAUGUUUCCAAAGUUGAAGACUGUCAAAGAUUUGUUAAUCAAACAAUUAACUACUAUGGACGAUUGGAUCAUUUGGUGAACAAUGCUGGAGUAUCUCCCGUCUUCAUGUUUGGAGAAACCCCUGACCUUACUAAGUUUGUUUCGGCUAUGGAUAUAAACUUUUGGGGUUCAGUGUAUUCGACAUAUUUUGCAAUUCCAUACCUUAAAAGGACCAAAGGAAAGAUCAUAGUGAUUUCCUCAGCUGCCACAUGGUUACCAGUGCCACGACUUGGCCUCUACAGUGCCACCAAAGCAGCAGUGACAAGCUUUUAUGAGACACUGAGAGUGGAAAUAGGGAAAGAAGUUGGCAUAACAAUUGUGACUCCUGGCUUGACCGAAUCAGAAAUGACUCAGGGAAAAUUUUUAACCCAAAGAGGCACCUUGGAACUAGAUCAAGAAAUGAGGGAUGUUGUGAUGAGCAUGACACCAAUGAUGCCUGCCAAAGACACUGCAAAAGCCAUUGUGACCAGUGCAAGCGAGGGAGCCUACUACUUGACAGUACCAACUUGGGUAAGGUCCUUGUAUUAUUGGCAUGUGUUUAUUCCUGAGGUGUUGGAAUGGAGCAACCGGUUGCUGAUAAUGCCUAGACAAGGCUCCACAGACAGAGAUACUCUUAGUAGGAAAAUCGUGGAAUUAUUAGCCGGAUUCAGGCCCUAUCUGCAGCCUGGGAUAGUUGAGUAUCCUGAAAUUGGUGAUAAUGGCAACAUGCCUUAUUCACAUUACUAAAAAUUACUCUCGUUUCCUAGUGUCAUAUCCUAUCAUGAAUUGAAGUUCCCUUGUUUAUAACUAUUUUUUUUAAACUUUCGAUUAUGAAAACCUGACCUUAAUUGAUUUGUCAUAUGUAUGAUACAAUAAGCUAGCUUUAUACAGGAUUUGCUUCACUAAAUAUAAGUUGAAAAGAGAAUAGACAAUAACCAUGUACAAUACAUUAUAAAUG